AUGGAAGACGAGGCCCAUUCAAACCCUCCUGAUGAUCUAGCUGCCAGUUCAUCGACUGAUGGCGCAAGUCUUUAUCAACCUUUAUCAUCUAAACGUCCACGAGAUCCGUCUCAACGUAAAAAUGUUUCAUUUAAUGAUGUUCCUAUUGUGCACGAAGUACCAUCACAUAAUACCACACGUAAUUCUAACAGUGAAGCAUAUCGUUCAUGGACAUAUACCGAUGCUACGCCGCCCGUUUCUGUUGUUUCACCAUUUGCUUCUUCACAGAUCCUUUCACCUUUCCAUUCAUCAAAUGCUGCAACACAAAAAUUACAUACGCAUCGUUUAAGUAGUGCUUUAUAUUCCUCAACAAAUAGUACAACAUUGACUCGAUUACCAGAUUGGAUUAUGCGAACUAAACCUAUCAAGCCUGUAGAUGAACUAUUGGAAUAUCAUACAAGUUCGAAUCAACCAUUAGCUAUUGUAAAUACUCAUGAUGAACGAACGACUAAGCAUUCGUCAACAAAUCAACAAGUCACAUCGGAUAAUGGAGAAGAAAAAAAAUAUUCAUAUCGUACAGCAGUGGUACCUGAUGCGGAACAUUAUCGUAGUCUUCCGUUUACAUAUGUACCAUUGUCUGAGUCGGCAUCGACAUACACAACUAUAUUAUCAACAAAUUUUAAUUCAUCAUCAAAUCACUCUUCGAAUGGACAAACACGUAAUGCUCGCGCACGUUCAGCUACUUUACCAAUAAAUAUAAUUCACUCAGCAACACAUAAUCAUGAUAAUAUAUCGAUCACACCUAUACGUACAACAGCAACAGCUACUUUAUCGAAUAGUUUAUUAACGCCUUCAUCGUCAAGGACAGUUUUGAAGCCGGCAACAGUUGCAUUUCAAUGUUCACAACCAACACCAGCAAAUACUUCAACAUUAAUUAUUACAAAUACAAAAUCGCCACAAGUUACACCACGUUUAAAUACAUCUUUUGUUCAUCCUCGUGUAGGUUCAUCUACAAUAAAUCGACCAUUAUCAUCCAAUAAACAUUCGUUUUCUCAUCCGUCACCUGAUUCAAUGCAAAAAUCAUCUCCUACUGUAUUCACUCGUUCACGUUCUGCAAAUGUUUUUGUUAAAAGACGUAAUACAACUUCACCUGUUACGACGAUCGAGACACAAUCAGAAGAAACUAAUAUAUAUGCAAGAACCAAACACAAUCCUAAUAUAAGACAAGCUUAUGGUUCUCAUUAUAUGCACCGUAUACUUUUACCAACGAAUAUUAAUUGA